CCCGCCCACUUCCAACAUGGCGGCGACGUGGACGUGCGAAUCGAGCGCCCGUUGCAGCGUUUUACGUACGUGUCUAUUAAACGGAAGUGGGCGUGAUUUGGUAUGAACUAGGUUGGGGAGAAAAAUACAGCAGGCCGUGCUGCAUCAGUGGAGAUGGGCUGAGACAGACAGAGGACAGAACCGACGACACCGACGGAACCCGAGUGCUGCGGGUCACAGACGGGGACACUCCGGACUUCUUCCCGGUUCCCGCUCGCCCCUUGCUCUCCUCCACUCCUGGCCCCAGCAGGCCGGGGAAUGUCCCGGCAGCGAGAUGCCUUACGUGGACCGUCAGAACCGCAUCUGUGGCUUCCUGGACAUCGAGGAGAAUGAGAGCAGUGGCAAGUUCCUGCGACGUUACUUCAUAUUGGACACACAGCAGGGAAGCCUGGUGUGGUUUAUGGACAACCCGCAGAACCUGCCUGUUGGUGCCGACUGCGUCGGUUCCCUCAAGCUCACCUACAUCUCUAAGGUCAGCGAUGCCACCAAGCUGAGGCCUAAGGCAGAAUUCUGCUUUGUCAUCAAUGCGGGGAUGAGGAAGUUCUUCCUGCAGGCCAAUGAUCAGCAGGACCUCGUGGACUGGGUCAACGCUCUCAAUAAAGCCACCAAAAUCACCGUGCCAAAGUCAUUGGAUGGCCAGCAGAAUUCAGAGAACCUGAAGACUUUGCCAGAUGUGGCAGCGCCAAAGAAACAAGUCUCCUAUAAGACGGAGAUCAUAGGUGGAGUUCCCAUCGUCACCCAGACACAGCAUGAUGGUGGCGACGGUGCAGACAGAGCGGAGCGGGACGCCUUGCAUCGCUCUCACAGCCAACUGCCAUACUUCCUGAGCAGGCCGAGUCAGGAGCACACCGUCAUUAAGUCGGGCUACUGUGUCAAGCAAGGAGCUGUGAUGAGGAACUGGAAACGGAGAUAUUUCCUACUGGAAGAAAACUCGAUGAGCUACUUCAAGUCUGAUUUGGAGAAGGAGCCUCUGAGAAUGAUACCACUGAAGGAAGUUCACAAAGUCCAGGAGUGCAAACAGAGUGACAUUAUGAUGAGGGACAACCUGUUUGAAGUCGUCACCACAUCAAGGACCUUUUACAUACAGGCGGACAGUCCGGAGGAGAUGCACAGCUGGAUCAAGGCGGUCUCAGGGGCCAUCGUGGCCCAGCGGGGUCCCGGGAGGUCUGCUGCUACAAUGCGGCAGGCCAGACGGCUGUCGAACCCCUGUAUACAGAGGUAUACGUCCCGAAUCGGGGAGUGCAGCAGCACUCUGCUGCAGCUGUGUACCUGUCUUAGAUGUGUGACAUCCUGCCUGUCUCUCCUCCUCCCUCCUGUUCGCUGCCUGAACUCGGCAGCCGCUCCACUUUCUACCGUAGCCCCGCGGGCCCCCCCGUCCCUCGCUCGCCCAUAUCUGCCAUGCCACCAUGCUACCCAGAGUGGGGGGCUGCUGUCACGUGCGGCGCACGCCCGCAGCCUGGCCUGGGACAGCGAGCACUUCAUGAGCCUGCUGCCACGGCCCAGUCACAGCCGCACGCCUGCACGCCUGUCCCUGCAGGAGACGCGUCUGGCAAAGUGACCACCUUCUCCGACUCGGAGGAGUCACCGUGGCGACGGCGGAGCAGCUUUGAGCCCCACAUGCCUGAGCCUGAACCUGUGGACUUGGAUGAUGCUGACCUGCCAGUGAGCGAGGUCUGAGCUGUUGGACUGGACAUUAACACUUGUACCUGGAUAUUGACAGAGAUGGAUGAAGAGGAAACCGUGCAAAACAGGUGCGGAAAUAUAAAGGGCAGACAAUGAUUUUCCAACUGAAUCUUCCGACAUCACAAACUCAUCUUUCGAGCUCCUCCGUCAGUGUGCACGAGAAACACGUCGGGUCACCACUGAACUGCGUUUGUGAGCCAAAGACGACCCACUCUCUCCCCGCGCCCCUCCGCCUGCCUGCUGUCGCAUUUACUAUGUACCAAGAGAUGACGUUGACAAACAAAACCACAAAUUCACUUUGUGCGGAUUCAAAUUCAGUAACAGAGCUUUAUUUUAACCUGUGUACAGCGAUGUGUUCAAUAGUCUUUGUGGGCAGAGGAUUUUUGUAAACCACUUUGUCCCAAGAGAAUAAGGGAGCGUUUAAUGGUGCAAGUGUUUCCUCAUGUCUAAUAUAGUGUUAAUAGUGUGUUCAAGCUGAGGACUGGCGUUUCAAACCUUCUCUAUAAUCUAAUUUUAACAGUGUGGUCCAGUCGUGCUCACUAUUUUAACACUGGAUUUAAGACUAGAUGCAAAAAGUUGGAAAUACAUAUGUACGAUCCAGUUUGUACAAUGAUUCAAGACCAAAUGUUUUUCAGCCUAAUUUAGUCAGGGUUUUUUUUCUCUUUAGUUGCCAAGACUUUGAUUUUAAACUUUUUAUUUUUGAAUAUUUUGGAGGGUUAAGGUUAGUUGUUUUAUUAUAUAAUGGUGUUCUAAGUUAGUUUAUUAGUUUGACUGUUAUCGACCACAAGCUGUAUUAGCUUCAUGUAAAUGUGCAGUUUUUUUUACAGUUGCUGUGCACAGGCAGAAUAACUGAAGGCCGUCACAGAACACGCAUCACUUCACAACCUGAAUCAGCGGCUUUGCAAACUUUUCUGCCUGGUGUUUCUGACACUGGAUGACACGGGGCAGCAAGAUAUCAAGUUGUGCACAUUUUCAUAAUAAUAAGAAGCAAUAGUGCUGGAUAUCAGCUAUAGAGCAGCUUCAUGUCCGGACAGACUGGCUGACAACUGCUUGACGUGUAUGAACUAACUCUGCAAUCCAUUGUUGGAAGAUAAGACUGAACCCCGUGCCAACAUUGUGGAUCCUGAUGUAACCGAAAGAAAACAGAUUCCAGCUCAGACACUUUCACUGCAUGUUAACAUGUUAAUGAUUCCUCCGUGUAUCCACGUGUCGUGUGUGCAUCCGAAUUAUUUUUAUAUGCUUUUAGAUGUUUUUUCUGAUCUCGUUCUUCAUACCCGUGUUACAAACCCGAUAGCAGGCAGGUUUUAUUUAAAUGUCAUUGCUAAAUAAUACACACUAACUUUUUUUUAAGUGCCUACUCCAUUUCAUCCCGACAAAGCCAAGCUACUUCACCUCUGUUCAGUCUCGUGUAAUUGGUUUGAAUUGUUUCUAUUUAUUAUGUUGAUGACUUGAAAGAAAUAAACACUGAAAAUGUG